GGAGUUCAGAAGAGGGGGCUGGAUCCCUUGGAGCUGGAAUUACAGGUGGUGAGCUGCCAGACAUGAGUGCUGGGAAUGGAACUUGGAUCUCCUGAAAGAGUAGUAUGUGCUCUUAACAGAUUAGUCAUAUCUUUACUACCCCAUCCCCUUUUUAUUUUUGAGACAGGGUCUUGAUAAGUUGAAAGCCUGGCCUUGAACUUAGCUUGUAGUCCAGGUAGGCCUUGAAUUUGUAAUCCUCCUGUCUCACCUUCCUGAGCAGCUAGGAUUAUAGGACUGUGUUGCUAGGCUUGGCUUGGACUCUGGAACUGUUCAACAACAAGGGGAGGAGACCAAGGUGAGUCACUGGCACAGAUGCAGGCUAAUUCAGCCGAGGAGACUAACUGGGUCUUAGAACAUUCCCCAGCCUUCUUCACCAUCUCACCGGGAUUUCAGCAUCUAACAAGGAAGAGGGAAGCCAUGAACACCGGGCAGGAGGCCAAGAGAAAUGAGGGAGACUACAGGAGGAGAGGACAGGAAGCCUUGCUUCAGGACCGAGCCCACCUGAGCCAGCAGCGCCGGCUCAAACAGGCCACUCAGUUCUUACACAAGGACUCUGCUGACCUGCUGCCCCUGGACAGCCUCAAGAGGCUUGGCACCUCCAAGGACCUGCAGCCACACAGUGUGAUCCAAAGACGCCUGGUGGAGGGAAACCAGAGCCAGCUUCAGGGGGAGACUCCUCUAGUGCAGGCCCUGAUCCAUGGCCAUGACAGAAGGACAACCAGUGGGACACAGGUUCCAGCUCUUCUUAUCAACUGCAAGUGCCAGGACCAGCUGCUUCGAGUGGCCGUGGACACAGGUACCCAGGACAAUCAGAUAUCAGCGGCAUGUCUCAGGCGCCUGGGGUUAGGGAAAAAGGUCCCCAAAGCUCCAGGUGGGGACCUGGCACCUGGGCCCCUAAGUCAAGUGGAACAGCUGGAGCUAGAGCUGGGGCAGGAGACUGUGGCAUGCUCAGCUCAAGUGGUGGAUGUGGAGAGCCCUGAAUUGUGCCUGGGACUGCAGACUCUGCGCUCCCUCAAGUGCUGCAUUGACCUGGACCGUGGAGUGCUGCGGCUGAAAGCCCCCUUCUCGGAGCUGCCCUUCCUACCUCCAUUCCAAGAGCCUGACCAGUAACCACUAUCUCAGCCUGUCCCUAGGGUGACACAUUGCCUUAGGGGAAGAGCGGUGUGGAGACUACUGUGUCAGUCUCAUUUCUCACCACCCUGACCCCACAGUCAACCACCUCCUUCUCUGCUUCUUAUUAACUGUCCUAUGCUCCAGGAAUUUCUACUAAGGGUGUCCAUGAUUCUGGGGUCUCCAUUCUCUCUCAUCCCCUAUCAAGAACACAGCUAAGCCAGAGCUGCACAAAGGGAUCUACAAAGAAUGGGCUCCAGCUUUUACCCUGGCUGUGGAGUCAAAGGCUGCAGUCACCUGCUGCCCUCACCUUCCCAAAGCCCACCCCAAGCUCUCCUCCACUGCCCUUUCCUCUAUGUCUCCCACUAGACUGCCACACCCCACUAGUCUGGGUUCCUGGACCCUCCUAAUCCUGUACCCAUCUGCUUAUAGCUGAGUCUGGGAUGACAUGCAAACGGGAUAAUGUAAUUCAGCAAAGAGGAGGGCUUAGCACAGAAAUGUCCAGUCCCUGGACUGAGGGCUUUCAGUGGCUACCCUUUCUGGGCUGCAAAUGUCUGAGUCAGUUACUGAUGGGUAACCAGGCCGAACCUUGGCUCUAUCUCUGACACCUUUGGAUCUGUCCUUCUCCACCUGCUUUUGCACUGUUGAGCCUCUCAGUUUUAGGGGAGUAUAAAGGAGCCCCAUGGAAAACUGCCCCUAGAAGAGGCUCACAAUGAUGAGGCUGUCAAUCUGCAGACAUGCACCAUCCAGUGUUUCUUACUUCUAGAACUAUCCACCUCCUUAGGCCUCCUUUCUACCCUCAUCUUUGGUCUUCUGAACUUGAGCAUGCUUUGUGCUGGAACCAUGGCUUUCUAUCUCUCAGCUGGGCUCAGAGUUCAGGUUCACUGACUUGCUUGUGAAGAGAAGCAGGCUAGACUCCAAAUGUCUUUCUGGCUGAUCUGACUCUCAAAUCAUGGCUAGGGAUAGAGACAAUGAUCCAACUAACCCAAACCAGGGAACCGGGACCUUUAGGUGGAAGUAAAAUAUGAAUCCUAGAAAGGACUAAGGAGGAACCAGAAUGCAAGCUCAGCUUCUUCGCCUCUCUCAAAGGUAGAGGAGGGGGCUCCUUAGCACAUCUGUCAAUUCCGAAAAAAUUGCCCUCCCUCAUCACCUUGCUUUGAGACCUCUGGUCCUUCUCCACUCUGUCUCCUGCUGAUAAUAUAAUGGCAGACCUGUCCCAGGGCAGGCCCUCAGCCUGCUUUUCCAUUUGAAUAAACACUUCUUUCUUUAA